AUGAGUGAAGGACAUAGUGAAGAUGAGAUAAAUUUCAACGAAUUAGUAGGGAAUUUAUUAAGUACCCAUAACGAAUUAACUAAUGAAGGCAGUGUUUCUUUGGAUGACAAUGAUAAAAAUACAGAUAUACUUAAUGUACAUGAUGACGUAGAGCUCCCCGAUUUUGGUAAUGAUGAUGUUGAUUUAGCUGCUGUGGCAAGUGCUAUUGAAACUUUAGAUGACACUAAACAUAAUGACAUUAAUGAAAACAAUGACCUUAAUGAUAAUGAACUACAGGAGAAUCAAGAUUGGGCACAAGCAUUGCAACAAGGUAUAUCACAACUGGUGACUUCAGAUGAGCCUUUAAACGAUACCCAACCUUCGGAACAGCUGGAUCAAGAUGAUGAAAAUUUAAGAAAUGCAAUUUUAGAGUCUUUACAACAGUUAGACGGUGAACCUGAAACUACUAAGCCAGCGGCAAAAACUACAAAGCCUAAAAAGCAAGCAACUAGAAGAAAGAAGAAUGAGAAACCAAAAGAACCCUCUCUUGAGAAAGAGAAGAAGAAACCGAAACAACCAGCAAAAUCAAAAAGGAAGAAGAAAGAGCCAGUUGCUGUUCAGGAUGAACCAAAUGAUAAUCUUCUAAACUUCGAAGAUGUCAUUAAAGGAUUUAUUCAACAAGGUCACGAUGAAGGUACUGUAGAAGAAGAUAAAGAUGAAUCAGAUGAUCUAGAGACAAGAGCAUUGGUUGAGGCAACCUUGAAAGCAUUUGAAAAAGAACUACUGGGCACAACUCCUAAGCCUAAGCAAUCUCGUAAAACAGCAACAAAGAAGAAACCUGCAAAACAAGCAACUGUUCCAAAGACUAAAGAGAUAACUGUUGCAAAAACUAGUAAAAAGCUAGAUGAGAGUAAAGCUAAGAGCAAAACACAAGAACCAAAAUCGAAAAGUAAAUCUAAGGUUACAGAUGCAUCGAAGAAAAGGAAGAAAAAAGAAAAGAAGCAGAGUGAGGAUAUCUUAGCUGAUUCAUAUGAUGAUGAUGAUUUCUCUAGAGCACUUGCUGAAAUGGUUAAUCAGGUUGUAAAUACUUCAUUAAAUGACGAGGUUCAAGAAGCAAAAACUUCACGUGGAAAGAAGAAGGUAUCCAAGACACCAGUUGUUAGUAAGCAGACAAAGACAAAACAAAAUGAUGAAUUGAAUAAUGAACUAUUGCCACCUCAGGAGGAAAAUUUUGAUUUAAAUCAAAUAAUGCAGAAGGCUAUGGCUUUAGCUUUUCAAGAGCAAAAUAAUGAAGCAUUUGACGCGUCAACUGUAGAAGAGUUUAAUCGUGGUUUAGGUGACUUUGGUGUUUCUGAUCUGUUAACUCCAUAUGAUCAUGUUCCAAAAAAGAAGACUGUAUCAAAGAAGAAAAGAAUCCAACCUUCCAAACCCAGUAUUGAACUAAAGGAACCUUCAAUCAAACCUAGUGUUCCAUCAAAAUCAACAACUAAAACUAAAUCAAAGAAGGUAAUAACAAAAGAACCAAAGCCACGCAAAUUAAAAGAGCAUAAAGAAUCUAAAGAACCAAAGAUACCCAAAACUCCAAAAACAACCAAAGCUACAAAGAUCCCAAAGGUACCUAAAUCUCCUAAAUUGGUUAAGGUAUCUAAAGUACCAAAAUCAGUAAAGAAAACUAAAAAACCAAAGGCUCCAAAACUUCCAAAGGUGAAGAAAGUAAAAACCGUAAGAUUACCCAGAUUCCCAAGGCCUAGCAAACAGCACCUUACCAGACAUGAUUUAGUAAAGAAGCAGUAUUUAAAGUUGGCAAAGGAGGCAUCAUCUAUUGCAAGAAAGAGAAACCGGGACAAUAUUAGGACUAUAAAACUAAAAUUAAAACAAGAAAAUGAAAGAAUACGUGAAGACCGUAAAUUGAAAAAGGAUGAAGAAAAGGAGAAACUUGAAUUGGAACGUAAGGAAUUAGAAGAGAUCGUCGCCAAGGGUCCACCAUAUCCGUUGGAUUUAAGGGUGACAAAAUCAGGUAUUCCAAAGAAGCCUUAUAGAAGAUGGACACCCGAAGAAAUUGCCAUAAGAGCAACAAUGCCUCCACCUGAACCAAAGAAACCAAAGAAAAUCAAAAAACAAAAGAAAAAGAAGGCCAAAAAACUCAAGAAAGUUCCAUUAUCUGCAUUAAAGAAAAUACCAUUAUUUAAUUUUACUAGAGAUAAUAUUGAUUUAUCCAAUGGAGAGAAGAAAUUACAUAGAAAUAAUCUGGAAGGCGGUAUUCCUGAUCUCAGAACUCAUAGGAAGAGAGUCGAUUUAAGUGUUUUAGCCCCACCAUCUUCAAUUAAUCCUAACCAGGUGACUAAACUACAAUCUGACAGUAUUAGCACUUCAGUAAAUGAAAAUAGAACUAACUUUGUUUCUUUAUAUGAUCCAUCAAUAAAGACGGUUGUUAGGAAAGAAAAAUUUCCAUUUCAUCCACCUUGGAUUGUUCCCCAAAAUCCACCCUAUUCAUUGCCUGUUGCUAGAAGAAAGAGUAAAAGGUACUCAGAUAAAUUGGCAACAAAUAAGAAAACCAAAUCAAAGAAACUAUCCAAGCAUUCAAGACAAUCAUUCAUUAUCAAUAAUAGAAAUAGUAUUGUUCCAGCAAUUCUUUUCCCAAUUGUGAAAACAUUAAAAGCUGCAGCAAGGGCUAAGGUAGCAUCAGGAGUUUCACCAGAGGAGGCUACUAGACAUUUAAUGACAAUUAUUCAGCAUACGAAAAAGUCAAUUGCCCAGACACUAACUAAAUCAAGAAGAAAUGCAUUUCGUGAUUAUCGUAAGAUCAAAACUGAAGAUGAUAUUGACACAGUCAAAAGUCAGAAUUCUGCUAUAAGGAGAAUCCCAAUAUUCAGUUUAUCAUCAAUUAAAAAAGUUAAUACAAAGGAUGAUGUAAAUAAUAACAAACCAUCCGUUAUAAAAUUAGAAAAUGAAAAUUCAGAAAAAUUAUUGACUUUACAACAAAAGUUACCUGAAGCAUCUCAUGAUGAAGGCAAUGGAUUGAAUGAGGUAAAUACAAAAAUCAAUGACAACAAAAUAGGUUCUCAAGAUUCACAAAUUGUAGAAUCGAGUCAAAUUGAAGAAUCAAAUAUAUUGAAUAAGAACGAACUGCGUAGUGAUGUUAGAAAAGAUAUUAAGAAAACAAAUGAAUUAUCCACCGCCGUGGUUAACUCAACUAAUAACAAUACUCUCAAUAAUAUAGAAACUUUAUCUGAUAUCGGAUUACCUAAGAUAAGUGCCAUCGUCGAUGAUAAUGAUGGUACGAAUGCAAAUAAAGAUGUUGUUAAGAAUGUAGUAGGUUUAUCUAAAGUUUCAGCUGUUAAGGACACUGAUAUUGAGGAGCUAAAGGAAUCUAAUAUUGACUCUCAUUCUAUUAAUAAUAAAUUACAAGAUAUAGAAAUAUCCAGUGAAAUUAUUAAAAUUGAUGAUGAAAAAGAAACUCCAAAAACAACUCUUGAAUUUCAAGAUAAUAACACAUCUGAGUCAUUAAAGAAUAAGCGAUCUAAUCAUGUUGGAAACAUUAUUGAAACUCUUGUAAAACAAGAGAUUGAUAAGUCAAACACAAAAGAUGAAGAUAAUAUUUCAUUACCACCUAGUUUUACAAAUAUUAUAUCCAACGCAAUUACAAAUUUAUUACCAACUAUAAAUGAUACAGUCUCCAAAUUAGAAACUUCCAGAAAAAGGACGUAUACAAGACCACCAGCUCCAAUAUUAAAUUUAGAUGGUUUAGUUCCGCCAUCUCCUGGAUUUAUUAAAAAAGUGGAACAGGAUGAAAGUAUAUUACUCGAUACAUCUUUUGACGAAUCACUAACUGAUGGCACUCCUAAAAAAAUAGCCACAUACCGUAGAAAAACUAGUUCUGAGCAACCAACUGCACUAAACAAGACCAAAUUUAAUAUUCCUAGUAAUAAUGCUGGAUAUACUAAGAGAUCCACAGGUGUAAAGUUUGCAAGGCUAUACUUAAAUGCAAAUGAAAUGUCAAUUUUAACUAAAGAAAUUAACAAAGAAAGGAAGAGAAAAUGGAGAAAUGCUAAUAUUGUCAAAAAUUGGGAAAAUGAUGUCAGAGCCAGAUUAAAGAAAAGAUCUAAAACUGAUUUUAUUGAUUUGACACAGGAUGAAAAAGAUGAAUGGGUCGAAGUUGAAUUUGCUAAAAGAAAAGUUGAAUUCACUAUCAAAAAUGAAGAAAUCAAUGGAAUAGGAGCAGAUUCAACAAGUGGUAGUUCCAAUAUUACUGAGAACGAAAUAUUAAAUAUGAUCGCAAAUAUCUUAAAUCGUGAGGAUGUAGCAAGAAGAAUUGAGAAAGACUUAAUUGAAGAUUCUGCAAAAGGAACCAAUAGAAAAAGAAAAAGGAGCUCUGAACCACCUAAUGUUGUAUCAAAACAAAUUAAGAUAGAUGAUACAAAUGGCUCAUCGGAUGAAACUUCAAGAAUUAGUGUUUCUAACGACAAUAAUGGAUCUUCUAUUGACCUCACAAAAGAAAAUGUAACUUCUAUUGAAAUGAUAAACAAGCCGAAAUUAGUUGAAUAA